UAGUAGUUGGUGUUAUUAUUAGCCGAUAGAUCCAUUAAUUGGUUGAACAGUAAGUGCUUGAUUUCUAGGGUUUUCAAUCGUUUCCCCAAAUCCUCAUUCAAAAAAAAGAGAAGAGAAGAAAAUGAACGAAUUUGCACUAAUCCACAAACGCGAAGCCGAUUCAGAAAACAAAGAUGAAAUUUCUGCAUCGAAAAAGUCAAGGGUUGAAUCUUCGGAAGAGAAUGCUUCAAAGGAAGUAACUUUUUUCCGCAUUGAAGCUGAUGCAGCUGAAGAUAAAGGAUUGAGACAUACAAUGGAGGAUGAAUGGGUUGUGCUUCUCAAUGCAGCUCUAGAUUACCCUGGAAAUUUGAGAUGUGCUCACUUUGCAAUUUAUGAUGGACACGGGGGCCGGUUAGCUGCAGAAUAUGCUCAAAAGCAUUUGCAUGGAAAUGUUCUUGCAGCAGGAUUACCACGUGAGUUGUUGGAUGUAAAGACCGCUAAAAGAUCUAUACUUGAUGGUUUUCGUAAAACUGAUGAGUCUCUUCUUCAAGAAAGUGCUGAAGGAGGAUGGCAGGAUGGUGCUACAGCCGUAUGUGUUUGGGUAUUGGGACAAAAAGUUUUUGUUGCAAAUGUCGGAGAUGCCAAAGCAGUUUUAGCUCGGUCAACUAUAUCUGAUGGAUCCCAAGAUAACUCAAAUGGAGUCCCUGCUCUCAAGGCCAUUGUUUUGACCAGAGAACACAAACCUAUAUUCCCACAGGAGCGUACACGCAUUCAGAAGGCUGGUGGUAUUGUGAGCUCAAAUGGACGAUUACAAGGACGACUAGAAGUCUAUAGGGCUUUUGGAGAUCGCCAGUUCAAAAAGGUGGGUCUUGUUGCAACCCCAGAUAUCCACUCCUUCGACCUAACUGAUAGAGAUAAUUUCAUCAUUCUAGGUUGUGAUGGCUUGUGGGGGGUAUUUGGUCCUAGUGAUGCUGUUGAUUUUGUUCAGAAGUUAUUGAAUGAGGGACUGCCUGUAACAACUGUGAGCCGCCGUCUUGUAAAGGAAGCUGUCCGUGAGCGUCGCUGCAAAGAUAACUGCUCUGCAAUUGUCAUCGCAUUCAAGCGAAAUUAAACUAUCUCUAUGUGUUAUACUAGCUGAGUUACUAAUAGAAUUGAAAUAUGUUUGCUGCUUCUGUAAGCAAUGCAUGAAUUUUUUAUUUCCUAUCACUGCAAACAAGUGUGGCACUGAAGGGAUAGCAAAGUUGUUUGAUUAUAUAUGGCACUAGUGCUUGCAUGAUUGUUGUAAUUGUAGUGUACAUGUUGAUGCUGAAGCAGUAGAAGAUUAUUAUUGUGAUAUAUGAUGAACCAGAGGAUUGCAGUGAUCCAUAAUGCAAUUUUAGUUUCAGUAUA